CUCAAACAAAAUGACAGCUUCGUGAUGUGAUGAAAACAUUGCAGAUAUUCUCACAAUAGUUUUGGAUUUGAACUUGAUAUAUUUAUUAAAAAGACUUAUCUCGUAUUGCAGUGUAUUGAUUACAUCAAAAUGAAUGUAAUACAAGCGGUUAAACUGUACAUUACGAGGAUGACGGAGGAGAGUGGUCCGGGAAUGAAAGUUAUUCUCAUGGACAAGGAAACGACAAGUAUUGUCAGUAUGGUGUUCAGUCAGUCUGAGAUUUUGCAAAAAGAGGUUUAUCUCUUUGAGAGAAUUGAUAGCCAUUCGAAGUGGGAUAAUAUGAAGCAUAUGAAAUGCAUUGUUUUUGUGAGACCGACUUCUGAAAAUAUUUCGUUAUUGUCCCGGGAACUGAGAUACCCAAAGUAUGGAGUGUAUUUUAUAUAUUUCAGCAAUGUUAUAUCUAAGGCGGACAUUAAGACGUUAGCUGAGUGUGAUGAGCAGGAGACAGUUAGAGAGGUGCAGGAAGUUUUUGCCGACUACCUCGCUGUGGACAGACACCUGUUCUCCUUCAACAUUGUUGGAUGCUUGCAAGGUCGCUCCUGGAACCCGCACCACUUGCAGCGUUGUGCUCAAGGCUUGCUUGCGUUACUGCUAUCCGUGAAGAGACGCGCAGUAGUUCGCUAUGAGGCAGCAUCGGAGCCGUGCGCCCGUCUCGCAGAGAGAGUGAGAGACCUCCUACGGAGAGAGGCAGUGCUCAUUGAUAACAAUAUACCAUUCAAUGGAGAGAUACCAACACCACAGCUGUUAAUUAUUGAUAGAAGAGAUGAUCCUGUUACGCCGUUGUUGAAUCAGUGGACAUACCAGGCGAUGGUGCACGAGUUGCUGACGAUCAACAACAACCGCGUCAGUCUGGCGCACCUGCCUGACGUGCACAAGGACUUCAAGGAGGUCGUACUGUCCUCGGAACAAGACGAGUUCUAUGCCAAGAACUUAUACUCAAACUUCGGUGAAAUCGGUCAGACAAUGAAGUCGUUGAUGGACGAGUUCCAGAAGAAAGCCAAGAGUCAUCAGAAAGUCGAGAGCAUCGCAGACAUGAAGAACUUUGUGGAAACUUAUCCAUUGUUCAAGAAAAUGUCGGGCACGGUGACGAAGCACGUGACAGUGGUGGGCGAGCUGUCCGCAAGCGUGACUCGUCACAACUUGCUCGAGGUGUCCGAGCUCGAGCAGGAGAUCGCGUGCCAGAGCGACCACUCCAAGCAUCUGCAGCGUCUAAAGAACUUACUAUCAAACGAAGCGGUGCGCCAUCAUGAUGCGGCCAAACUAGUCGCUUUAUACGCCCUCCGGUAUGAGAAACAUGCGAGCAACGCAUUACCAUCACUCAUAGAGGCGCUGAAGACCCGAGGGGUGCCUGAACACCUCGUGAAGGCAGUUGUUAACCUACUGGAGUAUGGAGGAGCCCAUGCCAGGCAGAGUGAUCUGUUUGGACUGCAAGAUGCUGUCAAGAUUACUAAGAGGCUUUUUAAGGGUUUGAGCGGCGUAGAAAACAUCUACACGCAACACACGCCGCUACUCAAGGACACUUUAGAAGACUUAAUCAAGGGAAAACUGCGAGAAAACCUAUACCCAACACUAGGGGGCGACGACGGGGCUUACGGUCGUAGACCACAAGACAUAUUCGUGUUUAUCGUAGGUGGCGCCACUUACGAGGAGGCCCAAUGCGUUCAUCAGAUCAACCAAACAUACCCGGGAGUCAGAAUAGUCCUUGGCGGUACUACGAUACAUAAUUCAACAUCCUUCUUUGAAGAAGUGAAGGCAGCAAUGCAAGGUGUCCACAGAACACAUACUAGGCACAUUAGAAACGUUUGAAUAAGUUUGUCAUAAGAUAAUGUGCGAUAUAAAUUGUUUGAAGAGUUGACGGUACCUGAAAAUUCCUAAUGCAUUUUUAAUUUCGACCUUUUUGUAUGGAGUAAGGCACGGAAUAUAGAAUACAAUGGAAGUAGCUUGAAACAAUAUUUCUGCCAGAGCCGGUGUCGCCAAACUAA